AGGCGGCCCGUCGUCUCCGGCCCCUGAGCCUGAGGCGUCCCGUCCGGAAAACGGGAAGGAUCGCGGAGGAUCGCGAAGGGUAAAGUCGAAACCAUCAGCCUACAUGGACUCUGAAGAUACAGCCGAAAGGAUUGGCGGGGCUUGCAUGAUUAUUCGACUUUCCUUUUCCGCCACCGACCGCGGUCAUUAGGCUAGAUGGCCUGGCGAAGAAUGUCCCUUCUCUAAGCACCUCACCUUAGUGUCGGCGAACGAUCUCUUUUGUGUCAAACAUACACGUUCUCAAUAUCUCUGAAGUCAACGAAAAUGCCUCAAGCCUGGCGAAUUUACCUGUACGGCGCUGGCUCAAUUGCAUGGCGACAUGGCGUUGCGGCGGAAAGCCUGGGCGAUGAUGUUCAGCUUUUUGCCGCAGACCCCUCAAAACUUGCUCGAGAAGUUUUGCUCGCCAAAUUCCCCAAAUCUACAGUCUACGAAGAUGCAGAGGAAAUGCUCGCCAGUUCUCCAGGGCAAGAGCGCGACAUAGUCGUGGUAGCCGUGCCUCCAUUCCUGCACCACGCAGCAACACUACACGCGUUUCGAUCCAAUCGCCAUGUUCUCUGCGAAAAGCCGCUGGCAACAUCCGAGAAGGAGAUGAAUGAGAUGCUAGCGGCCAGUGAUGAGGCCAAUCGAGUCUUUGGAGAGUGCAGCUUUCGGUAUCUCGGAAACAAAGCUUUGGAUCGCGCCCGCCAUUUGAUUGAGACGGGUGGGAUAGGCUCCGUAUAUCAUGCCCGCUUCAUCAACCGCCAGCCCAGAGCCCGCGCUGGAAUCGAGUAUCAACCGUCGAGCAGAUGGUUUCUGGAAAAGGAGAAGUCUGGUGGCGGCAUUGUGUUUGACUGGGGCGUCUACGAUGUCACCAUGUUCUUCGAUGUCCUCCGUCCUGUCGCUGCCACGGUCAACCAUGCCUGGCUGGCCAUGCCGACUACCGCUGCUGACCCGUCUGGGGUAGAAAUUUCUGUCGAGACACACGCUGGUGCGUCUAUGACUUUGAAGCUCCAGAACGGCACUGUGAUCCCAUUCUACUGGGAGCGAGCAAGCGGUUUCCAUGGAGACGCCCAGGUCGCUUUGAAUAUCGACGGUACGGCUGGGGGUCUGACAUGGGAAUGGGUCCCGACUUUUGACUACAAGGACGAAGUCGACGAGCUAGAGCAAGGCUUCAAGCUGGCGCACUAUGUCGACGACAAUGGCAACGUCAAGGCUAGGGAGGAGAAGUUUCCUGCUUUCGGGUGGGAGGACGCAAAUCAACGCCCCUUGCUCUCCUUUGUCGAUUUAAUUCAGGGACGCGACAGUGUUGCUCUAUCGAGGAACAGGCUCGAGUUCAACUUUGGUGUCGUGUCGGCUAUCUACAAGUGUGCCUCCGAAGGCAAACCCGUUCAUGUUCAGUUGAAGUGAAGUAAAUUCGUGGGGCCGGAAACAUGAACGUGAUACUCUUUCUGCUAUAUAAAUCAAUCGCGAGUACUAAGUUAAUGAUAG